AUGGACGCCGUUACCAAGCAUUCCGGGAUAAGUAUUGAAAGCGAUCGCUUGGAUCUAUUCCACGAAAUUUUACUACGACGAUGUAAUGGAGAGCUGUUUAUGGCCCCCAUCGGGACCAACCCACAGCGAAUUCUGGACCUGGGGACCGGCACUGGAAUCUGGGCGAUUGACAUGGCUAGAAUCCUAAUUCUGUUUUUAGGAGACAAGUUCCCUUCGGCUCAGGUUCUGGGAAACGACCUGAGUCCCAUUCAACCAACUUUGGUGCCUCCUAAUGUCGCAUUCGAAGUCGAUGACGUGGAAAAUGACUGGGUAUACAGUCAGCAGUUUGACUUCAUCCAUGCCCGCUAUCUUGCAGGCGCAAUCAAGGACUGGUCAAGAUUAAUUGACCAAGCAUUCAAAUUCACUCGCCCGGGGGGCUGGGUUGAAUUCCAGGACUUCGAUAUGGAAUUUUACACGCUUCAUGGAGACUUCGCUCCGGGAUGUUCUUUGGACAGAUGGACGAAGAUGGUCGUUAAUGGAUUGAAGCAGAUGGGCGCUGAACCAGAGCCUGGGCCUAAAUUAAAAGGAUGGUUGAAGGAUGCCAGGUUCAUCAACAUCCACGAGAAAGUGCUUCCGAUACCUGUGGGAAUAUGGCCCAAGAGCGAGGAAAUGCUGGUUGGAAACCCGAGGAGGUACAAGUAUUUCUUAUUGACGUCAGGAAAGAUCUUAAAAACCGCAGGCUACAAGUGCAACACAACUUCCACGUGGUGUACGGUCAAAGACCUCCGGUAG